GUUCAACAAUCUGACGUUACGUUCUCGGCAAGCAAGCGAGAGACCUACUACUGUCUUGUCCAGUUCUUGUUUUGCGUCUGGAAUGAACGGUGAGAAUGAGGCAACAACAGACAAUACAUAGACCGAUUCGCUCACCUUCAGUGUUAAAUGUGCCUUGGGAAGUUUACCUUAGUCGAGGUCUUUCCGCUUGGGGAGACCGGCUUUGGAGUUUUGUGGCGGGCUUGUUCAUGAGCAAGCUGGAUAACAGCUCCUUGCGCUUGGUUGCUAUCUAUGGAUUAGUCAACUCCAUGUGCGUGAUUGUCUUGGGCGCCGCCAUUGGAAAUUGGAUUGACAAGAAAGCACGCAUGACCUCUGCCAAAGUGUUCCUAAUUGUCCAAAAUGGAUCCGUCUUUCUAAGCACAAUGAUCUUGACAAUUCAUUUUUGGGACGAAACGUGGCAUCCAAGCCUUAUUGCACCAUGGAAAACGUGGAUGGUGGCCUGUCUGGUCAUUUUCGUGGCCACUGUCGCCAAUCUCGCAUCGACCGGUUCCAGGAUUGUGGUGGAGAAAGACUGGAUCGUGGUGAUUGCUGACGGCGAUGAUGACAGACUUGCCAAAAUGAACUCCUCCUUUCGGACUCUAGACUUGACCUGCAAAAUUGCCGCCCCAUCCUUAGCUGGGGUUUUGUUCCAAUUCACUGGGAACCGAAACACAGCCAUGGCAGUGGGGUGUUGGAACAUGGUCUCAUUGAUUGCAGAAUAUCUGCUUUUGGCUUCCAUUUACAAAAAGAUCCCAAAUCUCUCCGUCAAGAAUUUUCCAAGGGACACUGAGAAUGGCUGCCCUUCUCAAAGAAAUUGGAAUUCCUGGGGGAGUUGGAAAGACUAUUUCAAAAGGCCGAUCAAGUACGCAGGUCUGGCCCUGGCAACCCUAUACAUGACAGUUUUGGGUUUUGAUAACAUUACUUGGGCCUACUGCAUUCAGCAAUGUGUUUCAGAAUCCGUCCUUGGGAGUCUGGUAGGAGUUUCAGCCAUUGUAGGCCUCUGUGGCAGCCUCGCAUUUCCAUUUCUACGCAGGCACUUGAACCUCAGACGAACCGGAAUGAUUGGAAUGAUAUCGCUAUUGGUCACCUUGUCCCUUUGUGUCUCGUCAAUCUGGCUACCAGGAUCCUUAUUUUUAGAAACGUCAAAACAUCUCAACCAGACGGCCAUUACCACAUCAGACAUUUCCGAUGGAAAUGAAGAUAAAUCAAUGAAGAUUGGAGAUCUACCCUGAUUAAAUGAGAGUUUCAUAUCAGUGUCAGUUCUUUUGCUUGGAAUCAUCCUGGCCAGAUUUGGCCUUUGGAUCUCAGAUAUGUCAGUGACUCAAAUACUUCAAGAACAAGUUGAGGCUAGUCACAGAGGGUCUGUUAAUGGAGUACAAAGUGCAUUGAAUUCGGGCAUGGAUACACUGAAAUUUGUUCUUGUGAUCAUAUUUCCUCAUGUCCCGAGUUUCGGUAUUCUUAUCUUGAUCUCGUAUGCAUUCAUAUUUUCAGGAGCAUUGUUAUUUCUGACCUAUUAUCAAAAAAGCUUCCCCAAUGAGGCCACGGCCUCCAAGGAACCUGAUGAGCAAAUUAUCAAGUGAUUUUUCCAUAACCAGUAAAGUGCUCAGAGUUUGACAAAUAUAUGCAAUGGAAGCCAGAGAAAAGAGCUAAAUGUAGAAACGAGGAAGACAAUAUAUUUCAUGAAACUGAGGAAGAAUGAGAAACAUGGGUAAGCGAGUAAAGAACAACCUUAAGUCCAAAAACUACAUUUUUUUGUUAUUUAGAAGAAAAAGAUGGGAAAUGUAUUCAGAUGUGCA